UUGUUUAUAUUAGAACACAUAAACGACGCCUUGUUUUUUCUCAAUUCCCUCUGCGUCCUCUUCGCUGCUGCUGCUGCUGCUGCUGCAGCCGCCUCCGCCGCCUUCGCCCGCCCGCCGCCUGUCGAAGCAUGACCAGCUCCUCCGCCGCAUCGCGUAAGGUCCUGGGCAAGAUCGCCUGCAACAGGCUCCAGAAAGAGCUGGUGGAGUGGCAAGUCAGCCCUCCGGCGGGAUUCAAGCACAAGGUCUCCGAUAACCUCCAAAGGUGGGUGGUUGAUGUGAUCGGAGCGCCCGGGACGCUGUACACCAACGAGAAGUACCAGCUGCAGGUUGAUUUCCCGGAGCAUUAUCCCAUGGAAUCACCGCAAGUCAUAUUUUUGCACCCUGCGCCUCUUCAUCCGCACAUCUACAGCAACGGCCAUAUUUGUUUAGACAUCUUGUAUGACUCCUGGUCUCCGGCAAUGACUGUAAGCUCCGUGUGCGUCAGCAUUUUGUCCAUGUUAUCCAGUUCAACCGUGAAGCAACGACCGCCUGAUAACGAUCGGUAUGUGAAGACCUGUCGGAAUGGCCGAUCUCCCAAGGAGACCAGGUGGUGGUUCCAUGACGACAAAGUGUGAUGUUUACUGAAAAAUAUCAUGUGUCGUUCUCCUUCAAUCUGUGUUUUGGGAGGAUGAUUUGCUUUAAAAUGUUUUUAAUCUUAAUCAUACUCUUUUUUUUCCAUGUAAUUAUAAAGGAAAGAUUUCAGCUUGACUUGAAUGGAUAUAUUACGAUGGCAGUGUGGAAUUGGAAUUACUCACA